GCGUGACUCCCCUGCAAUGGCCGACCUCAGCGAGAGAAUGCAGGAGCUGGAGGAGAUGACCCAGGAGUUGCUGAAAAUGAUGGCCUCGGCCCAGGCAGGGAAGAUCCUGAGGCGAAACCUGGAGAAACAGGAGCAGAUGAUUGACAAGCUCCUGCAAACCAAGAAGACCACCAUGCAGCUGAUCCAGGAACUUAUGAGCGCCGAGGAGCAGGUGGCCCAGAAGCUCUCCGACAGGGAUGCGGAGCUGAAGGCGAGCCUCCAGAAGCUACAGGAAAUCGAGGACCGCUUGCUUCAGGAGAGAGAGAAGGACGGCAAGCUGAAGACCAGCACGAAAGAGUUGAGGAAGGAGCUGGAAGCGCUGAGAGAAGAAAUUGAAAAACAGGAGAAGAAGUCAGCUGAGGGAAGCAGUGCCUCCAAGUCAGCAAUGCACCUCUCGCAGCUGUAUUAUCGGAUCUGCCCCAUCGACUGGGACUACUCCUGUGAGCCAACGCUUAUCAAAGGAACCCACCAUGGGCCAGACGUCGCUCAGCCGUUCAGCUUCGAGAGCGGCCAACACUCCCGCUGCUUCGUGAGCGACUACCUCUGGAGCUUGGUGCCUACAUCCUGGUGAAGUGCAGGCUGGAAAAUUGCAGCAAGCGUGCAGCAGAUGUAUACUUGUGCCUAAAAGCAAUUUGUUCUUCUCUCUCUUUGUUUUUGCUUUAAGGGGAAAGUUGUAUUUUUUUGAAGCACAAUAAAUUGAGAAAACAUUUAGUACUAAUCACAAAAAAGUAAUUUUAUUUGUGUGAAAAGUGUAAUUCGAAAAAAAACCCGCUUCAGUUUAUAUAAUAUUGUCGGGCGCCGGACUGCUGCAACGGGACUCCCCCCCGCCCCCAAAAGAAAAGCAAUGCUCACCCAGGCCUAGUACCUGCCAUUCCCUGUAAUGACUAAUAAGAACCAUUUAGGCCUGGCUGCUCCUGAGCGUUCAUGUUCCCAUUGAUACUGUUACUUACCUGCAAGAGCAUCGGUCAUGUACGAAAAAAGCCUGGCUCUCCCACUCGGACCGCUUCUCUUCUUUCGCUCCUUACGCUUUCUAAGAACUCGCCCAGGAGGAGAGCUGGGAGUCCAUGCUCAAAACGUCCGCAUGACACAGCGUUCAGAGAGAGGGGCUGCUGCCUGCCCCUGCAGGCAUGGAAAACAGUGGCAGUAGAAAGCAGAAUACGAAACAACCGCGCCCAAAACAUACUUUACGCUUCCGCUAAAGCAGAAAUGGUCAGGA